GUGGUGUUUGUGCGCUGCUUCAAGGGACGUCAUGCGCGAGCGGUUGCUUGUGUUUACUCCUCGGAUACUGGCGCAUGGGGUGAUCUCAUCCAGACAUCCACGCCGCCUCAAGUUCUACGCACACAUGAUAUGGCCACCUCGGGCGCCUUGGUUGGGCGUUCCCUUUACUGGUCGCUUCAUGGGAAUUCGAGUAAUGCCAUCCUUGAGUUUGAUUUGGAUAGGCAGAACCUAGCUGUGGUUCCAUUACAUAUGGAGGGAUGGAUUAUGUCGGCGGAGGGUGGUGGACUUGGCUUGGUCUCUGUUUCGGGCCACACAGCACAACUAUGGAAGAGGGAGACUGAUUCUGAUGGUGUAUCGACAUGGCGACUGACGAAAACCAUUCAUCUGGACAGACUUCUGCCUCUGAGGUCAGGGGACAGGUUGGACAUAGACUUCACGGACGAAAGCAAUAUGCUGAUCCUGGGGACAGUUGACGGUAUCGGAAUAUUCACGGUCCACACGGAGUCAAUGCAGUGCAAGAAACUUCCCGUAGAGUUCAAAAAGAUACCCAGUGCCUUUCAACCAUUUUCAAGUGUCUAUACUCCAGAAAUGGGCGUUGGUGCUGAACAUGCUGGAGCUGGGCCCUUGAACAAUAAAUAAGAUGAAUGUCCGGUUUGAUGCGCUAUUCAGAUGCAUUGCUUUAGCAGG